ACAUUCUAAACGCGUCAUGAUUCGCACUUGAAACAAAAUGGCGUCAAAGUUUAAUUUGAUGUGAGACUUGUGUCCUUAUCCAACAAAACAACCUUUAUAACGUGAUAACAGAAGUACAGUAGUAAAUACAAGUGUCAUUAGUUGCCUGUUAAUCUAACAGUAUAUCAAUCCGACACUGAGCAAAUAAUUUGGAGUUUCAGCAUGAAAUCCGAUGUGGAGGAACUGAUGCCCAGGCUUCUGCCUGUGGAAACAUGCGACACUGGCGAAGACUUCAAUCUAAACGAGCCUCCAAGAAAUCCCCAGGAGUAUUUGAGACAGGUUCAAUUAGAGGCGUCUCUCUGUCCUGAUGUUGUGGUGGCGAAGAUUGAUCCAAAGAAAUUGAGAAAGAAACAAUCAGUGAACGUGUCGCUCACAGGUUGCGAAGCUGCUCCUCAAGGAUUUUCACCGAGUUUAAAAUGGCAGCGACAGCAAGUCAGCAACUUCUCAGAAAUAAGACAGAGUAUCAGUAAGCAUAGACAACACUGGAGUGGUCAUGCAUUGGAUGACAAUGUGUUAAUGCCAAAACAGGACGCGGAGGAACAAUGGAAAAAGUUCUGCCUGGGUGAAAAUGUUUAUUUGAACUCCCCUCCCAUUGACCCUGGUACUGAAGAUCAAGGCCUUGAUUAUGUGAAGGUUGGUUUUCCACCUUUCCUUAGUAUAGUGAGCAGAUUAAAUCAGGCCACAAUCUCUGCAGUUUUGGAGUACUUGAUAAACUGGUUUGAAGAGAGAGAGUUUGUCCCGCAGUUGGGAAGAUGGCUGUAUGCACUGCUGGCUUGCCUUGAGAAACCUCUUCUCCCUGAAGCACAUUCCCUAAUAAGACAGCUGGCCAGACGGAGUUCUGAAGUGCGGGCCAAUCUGGAAAGCCAGGAAGAUGAAAGGUUGUCUCCUCUAAACUUGAUGAUCUGCCUUGUUGCUAGGUACUUUGAUCAGAACGACUUGGCCGAUAAGGAGGACUAAAUGGGUUAAUGUGGUGAAAUCCACGAUUUGAGGCUGAAACUGAUCACACCAUGAACUGUAGCUCUAUGAACCCAUCAUCAUGCUCAGAUUUGGGAUCCAUGGGAAGUUGCACUGUGGUAAUUUGUGAAGAAAAUGUACCCAAUAAAUGGUGAAAUUUGACUUUUUUUCUAUUAUAGUUAGUAUUCAACUUCUGCUAUUGUUGGAAUUAAAUAAAAUGUUUGCUUUCACAA